CCUGUGGGCCCAUCUUUGGGCCUUUUGGGACCAUCUUGGGGCCCUCUCGCGAGCCUCUCGGGCCGUCUUGAGGCUCUCUCGGGCCGUCCGAGCCGUCUGGGGCCUCUCUCUGCCGUCUGGGGCUAUCCUGGUGUUGCCUUGAGGCCCUCUCAGGCUUGCACAGCACGUUGCGGCAGGAAGCCGCCCAGGUAAUUCGGCUUUCACGAAGCAUCUGCAGAAGAACGCAGUGCGUAGUCUUCUUCUUCUUCUUCUUCUUCUUCCCUCACGCUCGUCCCGAGAUCGGCUUGAACCGCGCUUUCUGGGGGUUGCUCGUCCUUAUCCUGCCGUUCCAAUGAGUACAAGGUGCGCGUUCGAGGCUCUUGUGGCCCCUGCGCAGGCCUCCCAAGGGCAGUCUCCCCGCUUGCCGGCAGAGAUCGGCAGACGUCUGCGGACAAACCGAAUUAUUCCAAAUGGAGGGUUUGAGGUCGGAUGAUCAUAACGUUUGCAAUUGAGUCGGCCAAGUAGCGGAGCCACGUGGGCCACGAUCAAGGCUGCGCACCGAGUAAGCCCAUUAGAACCACCUUCAGAUUUGUACGGGUCUUGGGGGUAAGUAGUUUACCCGUUCUCAUGGUGCUAGUAACACGUGUGAGGGCGUCCAAGAACGCGUCUCCAGGUUGUCUUCAACAUGCCGACGAACAGGGAUGUGGGCUCCGUCAUCGAUCACGACCUCCGCGAGAUGUACGAGACAGAGGUGUAUCCCAAGCCUCCUAACGGAGCUCUUGAGACUCAGCGUGAGUUGGACGGCUUCCCGCCUAAUGUCGCGAUUGGUAGAGCGCUGAUCAAGGAGAGCAAGAGGCCCGCCCAUCCGCCCGCGUUCUAUCGUGGGACGGGAGACGGAUGCGAAGAGGUCAGGCACCUCAACGGUAUGGUGAAUCCGUCUGGACAUACCACGUGCUGGGGCUGGGAGAAGGUCAGGUAUGGCGCCAUGACGACUUGGCUGAACUACUGGGCUUCGCGUAACAGCGAUAAGAUCGUCGUCUUCCAUGCUGCUGGCACGAUGCUGUAUGCUGGCUGCGAUGAGAACACAAUCAUGUACAAGUACAAUGAGAUCGUCAGUAAUAGCGUUGGCAGUCCGACGGUUGUCUUGGCUGCUGAGGUCAGCCCGCCGCAAGAUGAGAUGUCGUGGCGGUACGACAUUUCCAGUGACGCCGUGGCAGCCAGGACUGCGUUCCUGGCGAGUGUCGCGGGCGCCGACUUGACAACUUAUGCCGACUGCAACGCAACUGUCGGGUACUGUGACUCUCCGCCCAAGUAUCGGUACGCGAGCUCAGCCUUCAUCAUGGGCCCUGCUGGGGAUGUCGCCGAGAUGUUAUCCGAGAUGCCCUACUGGUCCAACUCGGAGAACCGCCUGGUCAACGAGUACUUCCUCUCGAACACCGAUAAGGUGGCUCUCGACUACUCGGGCAUCCUUGUGCUGUCCCUCAACAACAUGAAGCUGGACGCGAACAUUCCCGUCACGGUGGUGGACAACGCGGGCGCGAAGUCCUUCUCGAACAAGGCGACCGGCACCAGCGUGUGCUUCGUGCACGGCGCCGGCAACUCGCACGAUGCCCUCAAGGUCCUCGCGCAGCAGCUCACGGCAUGAGAGCGCGGGGCGGCAGGGCGCCGGGCAGGGCGCGCGCGGGCUCGUCGCCUUCUCCCGCCGAUCGCGCUAAGUCGGUCAAGGAAGAGGCUCUAACAUACACUUUUGGCGCUCCGCGCGGCUUUCUUGGAUCGGCGCAUGCCCCCCUGCGCGCUCCUCGCGUCAGGGACAGGGGGUCUGGCGUACCCUGGUGAGCGGGCGCCGCGCUGCAGGGGGGAGGUCCGGCGUGGGCACGGGGUGCAGCGGGAGAGCGGCCCUUCUCGGCGUGCUCCCCGCCAUUCCCUGGCCCUCCUCCCCGGGCCCUCCCCGCUCCCGUGUCCGCCCGUGCCCCGUCCGCGCGCCCUCCCGGGAAGAGCGCGGUGCUGUCUCACGCGCCGGGUGGGCGAGGCGCGGCGCGCCUCGGGCCUCGCUCGGUCGGACUGCCUCGGGGACACCGUUGGCCUCCGGGGGCGACCGCCGUCCUCGCUGACCAGUCGCGCGACCCGCCUGUGAAAAGGGGGCGCGGGAGAAGGCUGUCGGAGGAUGCCUCGUCUCGAUGGGGCGG